UUGCAGACGACGGCCAAGGCUCCCUACGUGAUGGAUGCCGGAAAAAGGAGCCUCUUUGGAUUGUCUUUGAAGUGUCCGGGACGAUUCACUUGUCCUCUUACUUGAGGGUGUCAUCUUACAAGACAAUUGAUGGCCGGGGACAGAGGGUCAAGCUGACAGGGAAGGGCUUGCAGUUGAAGGAAUGCGAGCAUGUUAUUGUGUGCAAUCUUGAGUUUGAAGGUGGUAGAGGCCAUGAUGUUGAUGGCAUUCAGAUAAAGCCCAAGUCUAGACAUAUUUGGAUUGAUCGGUGCAGCCUGCGUGAUUAUGAUGAUGGUUUGAUUGAUAUCACACGGGAGAGCACUGACAUUACUAUCUCCAGAUGCCACUUUGCAAUGCAUGAUAAAACAAUGCUUAUUGGAGCUGAUAGCAGCAACAUUACUGAUAGAUGUAUCCGGGUGACAAUACAUCACUGUUUUUUUGAUGGCACAAGACAGAGGCAUCCACGUCUUAGGUUUGGGAGAGUUCAUCUGUAUAAUAAUUAUACAAGAAAUUGGGGUAUAUAUGCUGUAUGCGCCAGUGUGGAAGCACAGGUACUCUCUCAGUGCAAUAUAUAUGAAGCAGGAGAGAAAAAAACUGUAUUUAAAUACAUGCCUGAGAAGGCUGCUGAUAAAGAGGAGGUGGUGGCUGGCUGGAUAAGAUCAGAAGGAGAUCUGUUUCUAAAUGGUUCCCAGCCCUGCCUUUUAGAGGGUGUUGGUGUUGAGUCAGUUUUCAAGCCCCAUGACCAUUAUCCAACCUGGACAAUGGAACCAGCAUCUGUGGCACUUAAAGAGGUUCUUCAGAUAUGUACAGGUUGGCAGGCUGUCCCAAGGCCACAAGUCACUUAGUCUUUGUUCGGGACGGCUUUCUUCUUGCUUCUUCAAGUAGCUUUUUAAUACAAAAUUUUAAAUUUUUAUACUAAAAAGCAUAUUUAAGAAGCAUUAAGAAAGCCGUUCCAAAUGAAACCUUAGUCUUUGUUUGGGACGGCUUUCUUCUUACUUCUAAAAAUAGUUUUUUAAUACAAAAAUUAAAUUUUUGAUAUUAAAAAAUCGCUUUAAGAAGCAGCAAAAAGCUGUCCCAAAUUAAGCCUUAAAGCAGCUGAUAUGUGAAUAGAGGAUUUGCCUUGUGUUAUUUUUAUGUGUCAACCAAGCUCUUUCUAGGGCUAAUGCUGUUCUGUUAGUUUUUCAACUGCAGUAAUGCUUUUUUUUCCUUAAACUGCUUAUAAUUGAAUUUGUGUAUAUAUAAGAAUAGACUAUUAUUAUUUUUA